GAAGUGUGUACGAAGUUCUUGAGAUGGCAACGUCUUUAUUUUUCCUAGCCCUCUCCGACCAAAUAACUUGAUUUUAUUAUUUCCUUCAAUAAUACGGUAAUGUACAAUUCUGUCAAAAAAGAUUGAUUGGCUCUUCAAUGAAUUCACUUUAACAUGGAAGUUUAGCCUCUUAAAUAAGGGUCAUCCAGGUGUGCCCUACAAUAAGUCCAGGUGCACCGUCUCACCUAAGCAGUAAAUAUUAGGUACAGUAGAUAGCACUUUGUAGACUACCAAACAUUAUAGGCUUACAACGCAAUGGAUUUGUUCAUGUGUCUGACGUCAUUAAGUGUUUAUUUGUAGGGUGAAAGUGUUGCACUUCUGAAAACAUCAUGAGUGUUUCUGAAUCGGAUAUACAUUUCACACAUGGUCGAACGCGUGUCAUCGGCUUCUAGGAUACUUAUCCUAUCUAGUCGUAUGUAUAUCAAUCAACAAUAACAUAACAACAAAGAAGGUGAGGAAGAUUUGAAAGAAUAAUAGGCAGCUAUUCGUCUCGUCGGUCCACAAAAUCUUUAUUCCCGCUCAACCAAUACAAGAACAAAAACACUGAACUCAAGAGAGGAAUAAUGUUCGUUCGUUCGUUCAUUCAUUUAUGCUGUCCAAAUUAUCUAAUAGAAAAGUAGAAACAAAACACAGCAUUGGGAUGCGUUACCGUUACCGUUAACGCGGACAUUGGAAAUUGGCCUUUAUACAGUAGAAGAGGUAUGAGCUUUAAUCAAAUUUCCGAAAUAAAGAAUGGAUUUUUCGAGAGCCAGACUCAUCUACAAGAUCUGCUUUUAAUGGGCAACAAACUUACCGUCAUCAAAGUUGGUAUGUUCCAAAAUCUCUAUGGACUAUUGUCAAUGACACUGAGAGAAAAUAAUAUCCGCGAGGUACAGGCCAAUUCUUUAGACCAUAUAGAAAGUUUACAAUCUUUAUCUCUGGCGAAGAAUCCAUUUGAGUCGUUGCCGGAUCAUGUUUUUUGCGCCAUGACUAAUACUCUAGAUACCAUAGAAUUCGACUCGUUUUCAUUUUGUGGCUUUGCUCCGCAUGCUCGUCAUUGCUACCCAUCGACGGAUGGUCUUUCGUCUCGUGACCAUAUGCUGAAAAGUGUUAUUCUACGUAUUAGUGUCUGGAUUGUAGGGAGUAUUGCGCUGUUUGGUAAUCUUUUCGUUCUCACGACGCGUCUUUUCGUCAACGAAACAAAACGCGUUCACGCUUUUUUGAUUAUGAAUCUUGCAUUUGCGGAUCUUUUGAUGGGUAUAUAUUUGUACCUGAUCGCAAUUCAUGGAGCGUUAUUUCGUGAUAACUAUAUCUUGUAUGACCUUGUGUGGCGCUCGAGUGAUAUCUGCACGAUCGCCGGAUGUCUAAGCAUUUUAUCUAGUAUGAUGUCCGUAUUUACGCUGAGUGUGAUUACACUCGAUCGUUACGUUAGUAUUGUGCACCCAUUCAGCUACGAAAGUAAGAGCCUGUUCCGUGCAGCAAUUCUGAUGGGAGUACUAUGGUUAUUCGGAAUUACUUUAGUACUUAUACCAAUUAUCAUGAAACAAACAUUUGGAGAAUUAUUCUACGGAAGUAAUGGCGUGUGCCUACCGUUACAGAUUCGUCAUCCAUGGGCUACGGGUUGGGUAUUCACAACAACAUUGUUUGUUGGAUUAAACUCUGUGUUUUUUUUGUUUGUGGUAUACGCGUACAUUGCGAUGUUUGUAAUGAUACGGAGGUCUGACGAUGUCCGUUCAACCAAGAAAAGCCAGGACAGUGCGAUCUUAGUCAGAUUCACGUUGCUGGUAUUCACAGAUAUGCUAUGCUGGCUGCCCAUAUGUGUCAUUAAGGUCUUAGCCAUAUCUGGUUAUCCAGUAUCUGGGGAUGUGUAUUCAUGGUUGGCUGUGUUUGUACUGCCUGUCAAUGCAGCUUUGAACCCCAUCCUCUACACCAUCACCAGUAAACUGUUUAGACAACAGCUACGAAUCAUACUUCAUAAAUGCCGACGAGCUACUGGUUACCGGCGAGGUAGGCGGGACGACGACUCUGACUCUUUCAAGCGCUCGGGUACCAGAUUGUCACUGAUCCCUGUCCGAUCGAAGGCUUCCUUGAAAUCGAAAUCAAGUAUUGAUAAAACCAAGUCAAACUCAUGAGCCAUCACCAAGCUUAUUUCUAAUUAAAUACGAUAUUUUCUGAGAUAUAUAUAUAUAUAUUGUUACAAUGUAAAUAAAAUUUAUUUAUUGCUCUUGGCUCUUGGUAUUGUAAGUUUAUAACAGAAUAUCUGCGCGCACAAUUUGUAUCCGUAUGUUGGUGUUUCAGAGAUAUUUGUGAACUCUUAUUUUGUAUGGGGACUAAGAUAAGACACAAUUUGAAUGUGCAAUAUGUAAUCUACACAGCAUAUUACUAUACUGGGUCUCGCUGUACCUUGUCUGGCUGACUCGGCUCGUCUACAACAAGGAAAGUGAAAUGCGCACUGAAAUACGCACCAUUUUCACAUCUAUUUAUCAUUUAUUCAAUUAUUUCAUUUAAAACUAUAUAAUUAUAUACGAAUAAUGUUAAUACAAAAUACCAUUACGUAAAUGGUAAGGAAGAAACAUGUUCUGGUUCUGACCUUAAUUUUCACGAUAGGCAUAUUUGGCGACCCCAACGUUAAUCAUAAGUUUUGUUGUACGCAACGAUGUAGUGUGCAUGCUCUUGAUAUCGUGUUCGUCUACAAGAACAUUAUUGUGUAACAAACAGCUUUAAAUACUACAAGUUUUAUAAAUCACUAAUUAUUUACAAGUACGUUGUUAUGAUCUCUCUGUAGCCAUGUGAUGGCUGCCCAAACUUUGUAAUAGUAUUGUUCAGUCCUUCGUUUAAAACAUGCCUUCAUAAUUACCGUAUUUAUUCGAAUAAACGCCCCAGGGCGGUUAUUGUUAAGAAGGGGUUUUAAGGGGGUGUUUAUUUGAGGGAUGUGUAAAAUUGAUACAUGAUACUUAAUAAUUAUUUUCACUGUAAAUGUGGGACUACAAGAUAAAAUUACCGUCAAAAUGUGAUAUUGCACAAUAAAGGUAUUGAUCACGACCAGGUUUAUUAGAUUUUUUUACAGCUUAGGGGCGUUUAUUCGAGAGAGGCGUGUAUUUAACGUGAGGCUCCAGGGGUGGCGCAAGCGGGGUGGCGGGAGGGCCAGGGUUCCCUGUCGAGGAGAUCUGCCCCCCUCUUGUCGGGAAGAAAAACCACAAUUCGUCGGGAUAAAACAAAUGUACAUGUAUUAUCUACAUAUUAGUUUACUGUAAAUAAGCCUUUGAUCUAAUCCAGUCAGAACAUUUAUAUAGCGCCUUUCUUUGCAGAUACGAAGCGCUGCACCCCACAUACUUAGACACCUCACAACCCACAGGCAGCUGUGAUCAUUGCCUAACCAAAGCACAGAACAAGUACACAAAUCCAAAGAAACAGUGGCAAAGUUUUAAGAAUAAAAAUGGGGGUAAAUAGUUAAAGAGUGAGUCUUUAAGUUAGACCUAAAGACAGCCACAGAUGGUGAAGAUCGAAUGUGCACUGGAAAGUUAUUCCAGAUGAGUGGCGCCUCGCACGAAAAAGAUUUGUUACCAAUACGCUUGUUAAAUAUAGGUUGAUGAAAAUUAACAUUCAAAGCUGAUCUUUGAAACCCCUAAAUUGUCAAUUUUUUUCGGGGCUUCUCCUUCCCUUGGAACACAUUGAGAGAUUUUAAGCGACGCCCGACCACACCCACUUUUUUCGUCGGAGACUUGGGCACCCCCUCCUCUGGCAGGGGACCUCUGACCCCCUUUCUAGGAACACAGAUAAAGAAUAUAUAUGAUGUUGAAUAUAUAUUUCACAUAAGUUUUGUAAUAGUAGUAAUUAUUUGUUACCGCAGUAGAAAAAUGUAAUAGGUCAGCUGAUAAGUAUAGUGUAUGAUAUGUGUUUGCUUACGAGACGUUCACGAAACCUAAAGAUACGCAACUACCAAGUAUAUAUGAACAUUCUAAAAAUAGAAUGUAAAUUGCUUAUACAAUAGGUUACUAGAUUUCAACUGAAAAUAAGGAUGUGAAAAAGUACUGGCCAAUAAUAAUAAUUGCCUAUUUUUUAUCAUUCAUGACCUUCAAUAUUUCCAAGCAAAGUUAAAUUUUUUUGCAGUAAAAUAUCUUGAGCUGUAAAUGAUUGAAAUAGUUAUGUUUAUCAGUAGCUUAUUGAGAGUUAAUAACUUGUGUGACAUUUCAAAGGAGCAUGUCAAGUUAUAUUUGAAUGAUUAAUGAUUCUUUCUCAUAGAAAAAAGUAUAAAACAGCAAGAGGUCCGAUUCCCUGGGUUUCGUUUGAAUGCAAAUCCUAUCUAAAAAAAGUAUUAUGACUAACUAGGCAUUCGUAAAUAGGGCGCCCCCUGUUGUUUUGUAGUAUUUGUUUAACGUUUCAUUGCGUGCAUACAAAAUCAGGGCAGUCGGACCUUUUGUAAUUCUAUAUUUGCUCAUAGUUA